UGCCCUUCUGUGGACCCCACCUGCCUUCCCUGCAAUCUCCAACCAGAUCCAUUUUCUGCCUCCAUCACGUUCGGUCAUUUAUUUAAUUCAAUUUCUCAUCACGUUUUCAUCUGCUCGCCGAUUCACAGAACCUUCAAACCCUUCAUCAAAAACCCUCAUUUUCUUGUUCAUUUGCUUCAUUCCUCUGAUUAAUAGCCACUGAUGCGAACUUUUCAAUCUCGAAGAAGAUUGUCGUAAUAUCGUUGACUGUACAUAUACUUUGGCGUGGUCGGAUACCAGAAAAGAGAACUUUUUUUGCCUUUCUUUUUUCUGGGUCCUUCUAGGAAUUGCAUUCCUGUGCUACUUUUUUAUUGUGUAUACAAAUGUUGGGUGCCGGAUUACAAUUUGGCCUCUCCCGUGGAGAAGAUCGGUUUUAUAAUCCGGCAAACGCGCGUCGGCCUACUAUGGAAAAUGAUGGGCUACGCAGAGCUCACAGCGACUUGACUGCUAGUCGACCCGAGAACCGUAUAGAAUCUGAUGAAGCCAAAAAGUCAGCCACUUGUGAACCUGUGAUGAAGCCACUGAGUAAUUUAGAGCGGUUCCUGCAGGCGAUCACGCCGUCUGUGUUUGCUCAGUAUCCAUCUAAGACGGCUAUGAAAAGUUUCAAGACAUGUGACGGAGAGUUUCAACCGUAUUUUGUUCUUGGUGAUUUGUGGGAAUCUUUCAGGGAGUGGAGUGCGUAUGGUGCAGGAGUGCCCCUUGUACUCAAUGAUAAAGAUAGUGUUGUUCAGUAUUAUGUUCCCUAUCUUUCUGGAAUUCAAAUUUAUGUGGAUUCUGUGAAGUCAUCUGCAAAGUCAAGGCGACUGGGGGAGGAUAGUGACACUGAUUUCAGGGACUCAAGUAGUGACGGUAGCAGUGAUGGUGAACCUGAAAGAGGAUUGAAAUACUUGAGGGACCAGAGAAAUCUUCAACAUCCUUCAGAUGAGGUAUCUCAUCAGAUGGACAGAUUAUCCUUGAGAGACCACCAAAAUAACCCUCAGGAUGGCUUUUCUAGUGAUGAUGGUGAGGCUGUCAAUUCUCAAGGCCACUUAAUUUUUGAGUAUCUUGAACGGAACCCUCCUUAUAGCCGUGAACCUUUGGCCGACAAGAUAUCAGAUCUUGCUUUUCGUUUCCCUGAGCUUUCGAGGCUUAGAAGUUGUGAUAUACUAUCUUCUAGUUGGAUUUCUGUAGCAUGGUAUCCUAUUUACAGAAUACCGACUGGACCAACAUUGAAGGAUCUUGAUGCUUGCUUUUUGACGUUUCAUUCUCUUCAUACACCUGUGGAAGGUUCACAAAGUGUGCAGGCCCCCAUAAUGACAUGUCCCAGUGGGAUGGAUGGCAUCCCCAAAAUGUCUUUACCUGUGUUUGGUCUUGCUUCAUACAAGUUCAAAGCAUCUAUGUGGACUCCAAACGGUGGAUAUGAUUGCCAAUUAGCUAGUGCUCUCUUGCAGGCUGCUCAUGAUCAGUUAAGAGCGCUUCAGGUCAAUCACCCCGAUUUUCUGUUUUUCUGCCGGUGAUGCUGUGAACUUGGAUCUUACUUUUGUUGUCAAGUGGCAGUCCUAGCUUGCCCCAUUUUCAAAUGCUAGAUUCAAAUGAAAUUUGGAGUUUCUCACUAAAAUGACAGGAAGAAAAAAGCGUAAAAAGAAAAUGCUAGACUCUGUCGUUUAUGAUUUCCUGCUUUGGUAAUAAAAGCAGUGAAGCAGUGAAGCUUUAGACAAGCAUCUGUAUUAAGGUUCCUCUGGGGUGUGUUAAUGGUUGUGCAUGUGCA